CGGGCCCCCGCGCAGGGGGGCGGGGAGGCGGGCAAGAUGGCGCCCGGCGAGUGACUCGCCCCGGACCCCACCAUCCGCAGUUGAGACCCCCCGGGGCGGGGGGGGGUACUGCCUCCAGAGCCGCCCUUCCUCCUCGCCCCCGCCCCCGGAGGUCCCUUCCUUCCCCUCACUACUCCACAUCUGGGGGGGGGGCGGGCCCGGCGGGCCCCGGUGCCUGGGACACCAUGUCGGACUCUGAGGAGGAGAGCCAGGACCGGCAACUGAAAAUCGUCGUGUUGGGGGACGGCACCUCCGGGAAGACUUCUUUAGCUACGUGUUUUGCUCAAGAGACUUUUGGGAAGCAGUACAAACAAACAAUAGGACUGGAUUUCUUUUUGAGAAGGAUAACUUUGCCAGGAAACUUGAAUGUUACUCUUCAAGUUUGGGAUAUAGGAGGACAGACAAUAGGAGGCAAAAUGUUGGAUAAAUAUAUCUAUGGAGCACAGGGAAUCCUCCUGGUAUACGAUAUUACAAAUUACCAGAGCUUUGAGAAUUUAGAAGACUGGUACUCGGUGGUGAAAAAAGUGGGUGAAGAGUCGGAAACCCAGCCUCUGGUCGCCUUGGUGGGCAAUAAAAUUGAUUUGGAGCAUAUGCGAACGGUAAAACCUGAAAAACAUUUGCGGUUUUGCCAGGAAAAUGGCUUUAGUAGCCACUUUGUCUCAGCCAAGACUGGAGAUUCUGUCUUCCUGUGUUUUCAGAAAGUUGCUGCUGAGAUCCUGGGAAUCAAAUUAAACAAAGCAGAAAUAGAACAGUCACAGCGUAUUGUCAGGGCAGAAAUAGUGAAGUACCCGGAAGAAGAUUGUCAACAUUCCAACUCCACCCAGAGUAGAGUCUGUUCAGUGCAGUAGUGCAG